AUGGGGGCCUUACCAGGGGCGGCACUAACCUCCAGGGAUCUUCCUAGAGACGACGGCGACCCCAGGGGUUCUCACAGGAAGACGGCACCCUCAGGGGCCCUAUCAGGGGCGGCGGCGCCCUCAGGGACCUUCCCAGGUGCCGUGGACACCCUAGGGGCCCUCUCAGAGGAGGCAGCGUCCCCAGGGGGUGUUCCAGGGACGGCGGUGAAACCAGAGGUCCUCACAGGAAGGAGGCACUGCAAGGGGCCGUCCAAGGGGCGGCCACAACCCCAGGGUCUCUUUCAGGGGGGGGGGGCAGCGACCCAAGGGGCCCUACCACGGGUGGCAGCAACCUCAGGGCCUGACAAGAGACAGCGGUUAGCCCAGGGGCCCUCCCAGGAUCGUAGACGACCACAGGGAUCCGCCCAGAGAUGGCGGCGACCCCAGGGGUCCUCACAGGAAGACCGCACCCCCAGGUGCCCUCUCAGGGGCGGUGGCGCCCUCAGGGACCUUCCCAGGUGCCGUGGUGACCCUAGGGGCCCUCUCAGGGGCACUACAGGGGUAGCACAUCAGACCCUCUCGCUUACCAUACCAGGUGCAACGCCCCCUGGGGCCCUCUCAGGGGCGUCGGAGAGAUUAAAGGCCCUCCCAGAGGAGGCAGCGUCCCCAGGGGCCAUUCCAGGGACGUCGGUGAAACCAGGGGUCCUCACAGGAAGGCGGCGCUGCAAGGGGCCGUCCAAGGGGCGGCCACAACACGCAGGGCCACUUUCAGGGGCGGCAGCGCACAAUGGGGCCCGACCAGGGGCGGCAGUAACCUCCAGGGAUCCUCCCAGCGAGGGCGGCGACCCCAGGGGUCCUCACAGGAAGACGGCACCCCCAGCGGCUCUCAGGGGCGGCGGCGCUCUCUGGGACCUUCCCAGGUUCCGUGGUGACCAUAAGGGUCCUCUCAGGUGCAACGCCCCCUGGGGCCCUCUCAGGGGCGUCGGAGAGAUUAAAGGCCCUCCCAGAGGAGGCAGCGUCCCCAGGGGCCAUUCCAGGGACGUCGGUGAAACCAGGGGUCCUCACAGGAAGGCAGCGCUGCAAGGGGCCGUCCAAGGGGCGGCCACAACACGCAGGGCCCCUUUCAGGGGCGGCAGCGAACAAUGGGGCCCGACCAGGGGCGGCAGUAACCUACAGGGAUCCUCCCAGCGAGGGCGGCGACCCCAGGGGUCCUCACAGGAAGACGGCACCCCCAGCGGCCGUCUCAGGGGCGGCGGCGCUCUCUGGGACCUUCCCAGGUUCCGUGGUGACCCUAGGGGCCCUCUCAGGUGCAACGCCCCCUGGGGCCCUCUCAGGGGCGUCGUAGAGCUCAAAGGCCCUCCCAGAGGAGGCAGUGUCCCCAGGGGCCGUUCCAGGGACGUCUGUGAAACCAGGGGUCCUCACAGGAAGGCUGCGCUGCAAGGGGCCUUCCAAGGGGCGGCCAUAAAUACAGGUCCCGUUUCAGGGGCGGCAGCGACCCAUGGGGGCCUUACCAGGGGCGGCACUAACCUCCAGGGAUCAUCCCAGAGACGACGGCGACCCCAGGGGUUCUCACAGGAAGACGGCACCCUCAGGGGCCCUAUCAGGGGCGGCGGCGCCCUCAGGGACCUUCCCAGGUGCCGUGGACACCCUAGGGGCCCUCUCAGAUGCGUCGUCGUCCCCAAAAACCCUCCCAGGGGAAGCAGUGCCCUCUCCCAGGAGCCCUAUAGCUUGCUUGGUCUUGGUUUUGUACAAAUUGCAUACGUCCGGCAAUUCCUUCCUUAA